UGGAGGUUUUUCCCCCCUUAAGUUGUUUUUGCAGAGAACAGCUUUGCAGAGAUUCACAGGGGGACCUCUCUCUUGUUUUCUGUCUUGUUUUUUUUAACCCAGCGCUUUUUAAAUCUAAACCCCAGGUUUUCUUCGGAUUUAAACCCCAGCGCAGCUUCAUGAUGCCACUUCUUGUCAGAAUAAACUCUUUUUAUCGCAAUUUUUCACCCGAAUACUGUCGUCUUUUUUGUCAUCCACGGUGUAUUUAGCCCAGGUCUGACCCAGUUUCGGUGUUUUCGCCCCCACAGCAUCCCAUGUGUUAGCGCGAGUCGUCAGUGGAGAUGUUUUCGGCAGGAGAGGAGGUUAAUUCCCAUUUGUUUACCUCACUGAAGGAGUCCCCUGGAGCUGCAAUCUCCCCAACACUGGAGCUCAGUCUGACUACCGUCUACACCGUCCUCUAUUCCUUCUUGUUUGUUUUCGUUUACCUGCAGCUCUGGCUCAUUUUGCACUACGGACACAAGCGCUUCAGCUACCAGAGUGUGUUUUUGUUUCUGUGCUUGCUGUGGGCAGCGCUGAGGACGACCCUCUUCUCUUUCUACUUUAAAAAUGUGGUGCAGGCCAACCAGCUGCAGCCUCUGGCCUACUGGCUGCUCUACUGCUGCCCCGUCUGCCUGCAGUUCUUCACACUCUGCCUACUCAACCUCUACUUCACACAGGUGAUGUUUAAGGCUAAAGCCAAGUAUUCCCCAGAGCUCAGCAAAUACAAGGUUCCUCUGCGUCUGUUCUUCCUGUGUCUCAGUAUAUUCUUCCUGGUGGUGAAUUUAACUUGUGCAUUGUUAGUGCAAGGAGCUCUGGAGCGCUCUGAACCACCAAGUGAUGGGGGUAUCAGACAUGCAGUCCUGGCCCGGGUCUUGAUCAACGACAGUCUGUUUGUCCUGUGUGCUGUCUCUCUGGCUGUCUGCAUCUUCAAGAUCGCCAAGAUGUCCUCUGCCAACGUUUACCUUGAGUCCAAGGGUACAUCAGUGUGCCAAGCUACAGCCAUAGGGGCCGUGGUGAUCCUGCUCUACACAUCCAGAGCCUGUUACAACCUGGUGGUGGUGGCCCUGUCCCCUCAGGACAGACCCAGUCCCUUCAACUACGGCUGGUACAGCGUCUCUGAUCAGGCUGAUGUGCAGGAGAUCAGCGGUGAAGCCUACAUCGUGUUUGGGAUCAUUCUCUUUUUCUGGGAGCUUCUACCGACAAGUUUGGUAGUUGUUUUCUUCAGAGUACAAAGACCCAACCAAAAUCUGGCUCCAGGGGGGAUGGUCAACAGCCACAGUUUCAGCUCCAGAGCUUAUUUCUUUGACAAUCCUCGACGGUACGAUAGUGAUGACGACCUGUCCAGAAGCAUUAAUAGCAGGAGUGAUCGGGCCAGUCUCCUUUCCACCACUCCCCAGCUGGGUACAUCCAGUUGGUACGGCUCCAUACAACGCAACGGGACUCUGACUGCGGGCGUAACGUCAGCCCAGCAGCCGCCGUCUUCCACGGCCCCCCUCCUCUUCGCCUACGGAAACAUCCAGAGUCACAAUCACCACCAUCACAACUACUACUCCACCCCGCAGAACAACAACUACCACCAUCAUCACCACAGUAACUACUUUUCCACGCCACAGAAUUAUUACUGUGGCUCUCAAACUUAUUUCUGCACCCCUCAGAAUUAAGCAGGGCCCAUUGUUCAGAUUGACUAAACUAUUUCCUGCAUUUUUGUCACCAUUUCGCUUCCCCAGAUACAGCAAAGCAGGUACUUCUGAGAGAUAUUCUGAGGUAAUGCUCCAGACGAGUUAUUCUGGAGAAAUGUGGUGGCAUCAGUAGGGAAGUUGUUGUGCCAUGACCAACUGCAAUUUUAGGACUUUCACGUCUUUAAAUGUCAUGUAGCCUUUGGAGGAAUGAAAGCAAGUGCAGGCCAUGGACCAGAGUUUUAGUGCUAAUAUGGCUAACACACCUAAAACUGCAAAGACCAACCUUUUUCUGUUCAAUGUUUUGGUCAGUUAUCACUUCUAAGAAUCAUCAGGGACCAGAUAAUCAUUUUCUCAUGAUCCUUUCUGUGUAAAUUUCCAGUCGUGCUUCUGUGAAACAUACCACUCAGACAGGAGCCAUGUAGCGCGCUGUACGAUUUGGCUAAUGGCGAAGCUACCGUGGUCAGUCAGUCAACAGCUGUGGACACAAAGACAUUGUAUUCACUCGACAAUUGUCAAACUAUACUUUGGUUAUCAAAAAUGAGUUGCAUAACUGUUUUUAACGGGCGCACAUAUGAUGCAGUUGUUGUAAAUUAGCAUAAAAAAGGGCAAUUUUGGUUGGAAAGUGAAGGAUCCUAGCCUGCUAGCUUCAUACUUGAUCCUUGAAAGGCUUUUCUGACAAUGAAAACCAAAUGAUAUGCAUCCACAAAGGGCAUUUCAUGGUGAUUUAUCACUUUUAGCUCAAAGGAAUGACAGGAAUUAGCUGUUGCUAAUUUACCAUUGGCUGCUGCAGCAGUGAGAGCUAACUUAUAGCUAACGCUAACAGUUAGCUUAAACUCAUAAUCUGUGUAACCAAGAAAACACAAAAAGCUAAACUUCCAUCCAUCACAGACUUAGUAAUAUUAUCUUGUCAGUGGCAAAUGAUUAUUUUUUUUUAAACAGUGAUUGUUAAUUUUGGUAAAUAUAAAGUUGUACAAACGCCAUUAGCGAGCUUAACAUGUUAGUCUACUCAGUACUGGAUUUGUGUUUAGUUUGUUGUGUAAAAUAAGCUUAUUACAGUUUUCAUGGCUGUAAACAAAAUACUGGUGAGUUUAUUUCCGUGUUCACAAGUAUCAUCCAUGUAAACUUAACAUGUAAGCUUACAGCCGCAAAAUAUGUGAAAUUUAUAUGUAGCUGCCAUAUGCGUGUUAUUGGCAAUGCCAAUAGCACAAGCUUAGGUGCGUUUUGUGUAAAACAUCAACAACGAAUGCAUUUGUAAGACAAUGGAGGAAUUGUUUCAACAGAAGACUUAAAUGACUGACUCAGGCUUUAACGAAAUCAUGCCACUGCUGUUGUAUAAAAAUAUUAAACAGCAGCGAAGUGUUGGUUUCCUUCCCCAUAAUUAUACAACGGAAACUAUGUAAAAACGUAAGACAGGGAGUGCCAUACGUUGUCAAGUUGCUUAAUGUUGGGGAUGUUAAAUACAUCAUUUUGUUCGGCAGUUGCAUUACCAAUAUAUUAUUUGGACAAUGUGGAAUAGAUCAAAAUAUCAACUGAGUAAAAAUCCACCCAGGGAUUGUUCAUUCAACAGGAUGGAAAUGUGUCCGAAACAUAUUUUUGACCAAAAAACUUCCACGUAUUCGGAUCCUUUCUGAGCUGUGAGGCAACAAUUUGCACUUAGGAGACGUUCACCUUCAGUCAAAAAGGCUUCGGGCCUGAAUGUAGGAUUUCAUCUCCUACUUGUUUUAUGUAUUUUCUUCAAUCAUUGUCUGUAUGACUAUUUAUCCUUUGUGAAAGGAAAUUAUCAAUGUGCCAUCACAUUUUGUCAUAAUCGUUUCAUUCCUUAAGGAAAAUAUUUUUGCACAAGAAAUGUUUGGAUGUGUUUUUAAUUGUUUGUGUGUCAAGUUAAUCGAUUUCUAAUCCAUGUGUGUUUUUGCGUCUGUGUGUGUGUGUGUGUGAUCUUGAAUUUUAGUUUUUGAAGUUUGCUUUUAUACGUGUUUAUUUUACAUUGAUUUUUAUUGUUUAACUAAUUUUAUAGUUUUUUUUUUUCUCUGACAUUGUUCUUGAUAAUCUCAUGAAUCUGAAUCUCAUGACAGACUGCAGCCUGUAAGCAAUAUUUCACUUUAAGGGGAACAUUUUUGUGUCAGACCAAAACCAAUUUAUCUGUGCUAAGUCAGGACUGAAUGAAAAUAAAAAGCCACUCAACAUCACGGUACUUUAUCAGACUUAAACUGUCGAGAAGCUCAAUCUGUAAAUGACCAUGUAAACUGACUUCACAAAAGAAAUCAAAAAAAAAAAAAAAACAUGUAUUAAAGGACACUGAAACACAGAGAUGGAAAUGAAUUUGUCGAGUCCAGCUGUUCACCUGUUUCAGAAAUAUUAACAUCUGCAGUGCAUGCUUCUGCAUCAGAGUGCAAGAACUCAGUGUCAUAUUUUCUUUCCGAGGUGAUAUAAUUUAUGUAAAAAUGUUACUCUAUCUGCUAUGAAAUGGCAGUGGUAAUUGUUUUAUGAAUUGUUUUAUGGAUUGUUUUAUCCGUGGCCAUACUGAAUGUAACCUAUUGUGCGACAGAUCACUAACGAUGUAUGCAAAAGAAAGCACUACCAUGUUUAAUAAAGGCCUACUGCACUGUUUUUAAAAUGCAA